AAUCAGCUGUAACGUUAGUUUUGGUUAAACUCGACUUUUAUUUUAUUAAAAAUUGAGUUAAAUUUAUAUAGAAAUUAUAUAAAAAGAACGUAAACAUGAUAAGACGACUGCAUAUUUUGAUCAAACACUCGCAUCAUAAAAUGCUUAACGCUGCCAGUACACCAUACAGUGGAAGCUCUUUGGUGAAUAUAACAACAACACAUAGUACAUAUUGUACCAAAAGCCAACGGACGGAUUCCAGUCCAGACGAAGAUCCCCAAGACGACAAAGAAGAUAAAUCUAAAAAGGAACAAGCCCAAAAUACCACAAGUCAGCAAAGAAAACGACCUGUUAAGUCAUUUGUGCCUGCUGUUCGAAAUCCCUUCGCCUCUGCUUCGGAAAAAACCAAAGACGUAUACAUGAGUAUGGUGAACAUAUUCUCUGAGCGGGAUGUACAUCGACGUAAUCAUGUAGAAUUCAUUUAUGCUGCUAUGAAACACAUGUCCGAGUUUGGUGUUGAACACGACUUGGAGGUGUACAAGGCCUUGAUUAAUGUAAUGCCCAAGGGCAAAAUGAUUCCACAAAACCUGUUUCAAGCUGAAUUCAUGCAUUACCCUAAGCAGCAACAAUGUAUUAUAGAUUUAUUAGAACAAAUGGAGGACUUGGGAGUUAUGCCGGAUUACGAAAUGGAAGCCAUGUUGUUGAACAUAUUUGGCCGUCAAGGCCAUCCAUUGCGUAAGUAUUGGCGAAUGAUGUAUUGGAUGCCGAAAUUCAAAAAUGCUUCGCCAUGGCCUUUACCCAAUCCGGUGCCGGAUGAUACAUUAACCAUUGCCAAAUUGGCGGUGGAACGCAUGUGCACAGUAGAUCCGCGUUCUCAAAUAACGGUGUAUGAGACCAAAGAAGUGGAAGAUGCCUUAGAUCAAACGUGGAUAGUAAGCGGCAUGAGCCCGGAUCAGACACAAUUAUUAAAAGAACAUUCACGGCAAAGGGCGGUGUAUAUAGAAGGGCCAUUUAUGAUUUGGUUGAGAAACAGAUCAAUCAACUAUUUCACCUUGAGGGCUGAUCCAGAUAUGGAAUUUCUUAACGCUUUGCAGAAUCAAAAGUUUGAUGAUGGCGAUGAUGUAACCCAUUUGAAUGUACCUCUGUUUGGAAGUGUUCCUCCCAGCAGGAAAAAUCAGGUUGGUAAAUUGCGUUCUGUUCACCAACAAGACGAUGGCACAAUAUUUGCCAUAUGUGCUACUGGAACUUCCACCAAAGAUUCUCUCCUGUCAUGGAUACGUCUUUUGGAGGCUAAUGGCAAUCCAUCCUUGGGCGAAAUACCUGUGCUCUUUCGCUUUCAUUCAAAUGUGGGCGAAAAGGCGGUUCAAAUCGAAGGACAAGCCAAGGCGGCAACAACAAGAAAUGACAGCACUCCCCCAGAAUCGAACAGAUAGUAAUUAUGCUAUGAUUUGUGUUUAUUAAGAAGCCGAAAAAAGUAUCACAAAAUAAAGAAGGUGUGUUAAAGUUUA